GAGGAUACCCUUUAGUCGCUACUAGUAGUAGUUAAGCUCUAUCAUGCGAACGAGAAGAUAAACGACGCUGAGCGGUCACAAUCAGCCAAUAUUGAAGUGUUGGCUGUGAUGACGACAUUGCAGCGUUGCCUAAGCGAUGACUACCUAUGCGUGAGCGGCAGGGCUACGCAGGUGGCUUCCGGCUGAGCCGUUCUGCCGCUAGUGACACCACCACACACGUCUUGCCUGGUUACCACCCAGUAGGCAGUGCACGCCUUGUGACACUUGUCAUUGGACAACCAAUUGGCGCACUUCCCUGCAUGCUCCCACGUUCACACGAGACGUCAGAAAUUGACAACCUCUAGCGCCAGCCGCUUCCUCGCAGACGACCUGGGGACGCCCAUGAGGCGAUGAAAUUGAAGGGAACACUGCGAGAUGGUGUACUUGUGAACAUUGUACACAUCAGGCGAAUGGCUGUGCCAUGCUCUGAUAUAGCGUCGCAGGACGGCGCAGGUGCAUCGUCCGCCCUCCACCCGCAUACACCAUACUCGUACUCACGUUUUCAUAUCCUGCAGCCUCUUCUGUGUGUCCUCUUUCUCUCUGAAAGAUGUCGCGCGUUACAGGAGAUGAUCUGCCGCCUGAGAUACUGUCACACAUUCUCGCUUGCGUCAGGCCAACUUAUCGCAAAGGUGGCUUGGCCGAACGUCGCCGGGAAAAACCCAAGCUCAUCGCGCCCAGCCUCGUAUGCAAGUACUGGUCCGAAGUCAUCAGACCUUUCCUCUUUCACACACUCGAGUUGCGCAACCCCGAAGACGUACGGCUCCUCAAGAACAUCGUCACCAGUCCCAGUUUCACAACCUCGUCUCUGUCCAAGGCCAUUCGGUGGGUACAAAUCCACCAAGAAACUACAGAGGCGAAAUCUUGGCUUCACCAUGUCCACGGACUUUCAACCCGUCUCCGGAACACAAGAUUCAACUGUACCGUCGUGAGCCCCGCGGGCGAUCCUUCAUCUGCGCCCUGCCGUUGGGCCCCAUUUGAAUCGAUCCCCAACGUCACUCCAUCCUACGUCAGACUCUCAGAUCUUACCCUCCAAGGCGUUGUGUUCACAACCACGACCGAGCUCGCACGGCUCAUCGACAAUUUCUCCACGCUCAGGUACUGCAUCUGCGACCAACUCACCUUCCUUGACUCGUCACCGGUUGCCCAGUCACGCAGAGCUCGCCGACGUGCUCCAUCGGUCCUCUGGAAGUGCCAUAUCUCACGGUGUAAGGAUAUGGCGGUCUCUGACCAAGCGGCGCUAGCUGUUGACAUCCUUGCGGCUGGUCCGAAUCGUCGCAUGGGCGUUGACGAGAGCGCAUGGGAUGCAAAUUUUCAAGCAUUGUUUGCAUUGGUACCAAACACAUUCGAAAGAGCGUCUGUGAAGUUUUGUGGUCCGAAUAGCAGUAUGUAUGGUAUGCCUUCCAGCACAUGCAUAAAGUGCAGAUCUCACUAG